AUGCAACAUCAACUUCAACAAGGCAAUACUUGCUUGGAUUAUCCACAAUUAAAUCAAGAACAGAAUUAUUCCUUUGCAAUAAAUGGAUACGAAUCUACACCUUCUCCGAUGACAGGUUUAACCAGUUUAGACGUGCAGCAUCAACUUCAACAAGACGAUACUUAUUUUCAUAAUUCUUCUUAUUCGGUUAAUCCACCAUUAUCAAAUCAAGAACAGAAUCAUUUCUUUGCAAUAAAUGGAUACGAAUCUACACCUUUUCCAUUUUCUUAUUCGGUUAAUCCACCACGAUUUAAUCAAGAACAGAAUUAUUCCUUUACAACAAAUGGAUACGAAUCUACACCUUCUUCAUUAACAGGUUUAACCAGUUUAGACGUGCAGCAUCACCUUCGGCAAGGCAAUACUUGUUUGGAUGAUUCUUAUUCGGUUAAUCAACCUCAAUUAAGUCAAGAACAGCAUUAUUUCUCUGAUGCACGUUUUAGAUAA